AUGGGGAGAGGGAAGAUUGCGAUUAGAAAGAUCGAUAAUUCGACAACCAGGCAAGUGACCUUUUCGAAGAGAAGAAAUGGGUUGCUGAAGAAGGCGAGGGAGCUAUCGAUUCUUUGCGACGCAGAAGUUGGAGUCAUCGUCUUCUCCGGUACUGGCAAGCUCUAUGAGUAUGCAAGCACUAGCAUGAAAUCUGUUGUUGAACGCUUCAACAAAACUCAAGACGCGAACCAGCAGCCAUUGAAUCCUUAUUCAGAAAUUAGGUUUUGGCAAAGGGAGGUAGCAACCUUGAGACAACAACUACUAUACUUGCAAGAAUGCCAUAGGCAACUGAUGGGGGAAGAACUUUCUGGUUUGAGUGUUAAAGAUCUACAGAACUUGGAAAACCAACUCGAAGUGAGUUUGAAGGUUAUCCGCAUGAAAAAGGACCAAAUUUUAACUGAUGAAAUUAAAAAACUAACCCAUGAGGGAAUUCUCAUUCAUAAAGAGAGUCAGGAACUUCUCAAGAAGGUAGACCUCAUCCGUCAUGAAAAUAAAGAACUGCAAAAGAAGAUCUAUGGGGCAAGGGAUGUCAAUGAAGAGACAAGAAGUUCACAACCAGCACUCAUCUUUAGCUAUGAUCUGCAUACACCCCUCAAUCUCCAAUUAAGCCUGCCACAACCUCACAGCAACGAGACAUCAGCAAAAUCAACAAAAUAAGGGUAAAUUUUGUUCUCAUUAGCUACCAAGCAUGAAGCUCCACUUUGAUAUCAACCUGGAAAUCUCUUAAAAUUUGCAACAGAUUACAUUGUUAACAGCAAAGGCAGCCAGGGAUAGAUGUCAGCAGUGACCACCGCAACUAGCCACACAGUCAGAAAAGAACCAAGUUUCUACAGAAGAUCUCUCAUUUCAGCUAUUACACGGAAUUAGUUCAGAAACGGGAAUAUUGAAAUGGUAAUAUAGAUUCUAUAAAACAAGCUCCAUAUUUUGCUGUAAGUUUAUGCAAUAAAGGAAAAGCUUCUUAUGCAAUAUAAAACAGAUAAAAAAAAAGAAAGAAGAUAAACAACUCUAUCAUUAAAAUGAAACAGAUAAAAAAAAUUUGUCAUGAUCAAUGUAAUUGAACUAUUUGUAUGGAUCGUGCUACCUAUAUUUGUUUAACGAAGAUUCACAAAUAUUAGGAACAAAAAUUCCCAUUCCAUAACAAUCAUGAACUUUUUUUCAAGUUCUAGCUAGUAACAUAAGAUCUUCAAGACUUCAACUAUAUGAAGAGCAGCAACAACUUUCUUUUAUUACUAAAAAAAUAAAGAAAAUAAAAUAAAUAGAAAGAAGAGAGAGCAGUAAAUGCACACUUUCAGUGUUUCAAGUUAAAAGAUGUGACGUAUUUUCAAAUUGGGCCAACGAAAAGCAUCUAAAAAAAAUCUGAAAUUUUGAGCAGCUUGAUUAAAAAAGUCGUAAGAAUACCUUACCCCAUAAAUAUAGAACAAGAAGCCCUCAUCCAUGUGUGACAUCAAGCCCAAGCAGUGGUGCAUA